AUGAAAACCUCCAAGUUGCUGAUAGCUAUUUGCUACAUAAUGAGUAGCGUGUUUGCCAGCACCGAGUAUUACCAAAAUGCAGCGACGGUCAUGAUCAAGAGAGGUUCCAUGCCUUCACUCACUACUUCCAAAAGUUCCUCAACUACCACUACCUCAGCGAGCUCCGUAAACACAUCCUCUGUCUCAUCAAAUAGCACAACGAUAAAUGGUUACAAUACAACUACAUCGUCACAAAUAACAUCGAGUUCAACGUAUAACGCCACAUUUACCCCGAUAGUGCCUAGUACAAACGGAAAUAAAUACAUGCAAACCCAUACGUAUCCCAACGGAACAGUAUUUAUCGCCGUUGGAAGCGUACUCGGAUCUCUUGCAUUAGCAUCCGCGGUAGUAUGGAUUACACUAGCAGCAAAGGCUUGGCAGAGCGCCCGGAGGGAGUAUAAGUUGCAGGCGAUGGAGCACAAGUAUCAGACUGACCCUUUUCUUUUCUACUCAAACGACGAUUAUGCCAGCUACUCUGACACAGAUGGUUCGGAUAUCUCUGAGCACGUGUUGAAGACUAAGCAUUCUAAGAGACCAAGUAUCUAUACGCUUGGGUCGACUUCCACAGUCGAUCUGUUGCAGAAGUUUAAUCAGGAUCAAUCAGAGGCACCACGCCUAAACGCAAACAGGACGUCGAUGUUUAUCUCGCCUACGGAAAUUAUGCAAAACCAAGCAAAUAAUAAGAGCUUCCUGACGCAAGGUGACUCUAGUGUUGAGCACUCUGCAGUAAAUACGCCAACCCAACCUUUUAGCCUCUUUGGCACGCCCAAGUUAUUCUCAGAACCUCAGCAGGGGGAGCCAUCAGAUCGUAAGAGAUUUAGACCCCCAUCUGUCCAUUUAGAGCAGAUGCUUGACAACGACACAGAGGAAGAUGAUGACGAGCAUGAAGAGUACGGACACAGAUUAUAA